AUGGAGAGGCUGCGUGAGCGGUGCAUACUGGGGCGAGAGGUGGUGAUCUCCAAGCUGCUUGGAGCUGGGGCGAACGGCCGCGUGUACCUUGCCGCUCCUGUGAGCCAGUCGAAUGAGUCGAAUCAGUUCUCGUACCCGCCUCACUUUG